AUCGCAAAAUCGCAUCUUUUCAUCUUCCUCGUUUAUCCAACCAUCUCUCUUCUUCUCUCUCAGAUAAUUCAUCAAAUCUGACUUUUUCUCCUUCGUAAUUUUUCUGCAAGAUAAACAACAAUGACGGGAAUCUAUGUGUCUCUAUUCAUCUCAAACUAUCCAAAUGUCACCUCGCACUUGUCUCCGACAUUUGACAACAUACCGUCGAAGACCGUACCAACUCCGAUUGAGAAAGUCGUCUCUUUGGUCUCUCGAACCGGUCGAGAUUUACAGCGUUAUAAUACCGCAGGGUAUCGUCAAGUCGUCGGAUGUAUACCGUACAGAUACAAGAAAGAUUGUGGUGGAGAGAUUGAAGUUCUUUUGAUAAGUGCACAGAAGAAAGGGAAAGGGAUGUUAUUACCAAAAGGAGGUUGGGAGAUUGAUGAAUCAAUGGAAGAAGCAGCUUUGAGGGAGACAAUCGAGGAAGCUGGUGUAACGGGACAGCUCGAAGAAACACUUGGGAAAUGGCAAUACAAAAGCAAAAGACACAGCAUGAUUCACGACGGUUACAUGUUUCCUCUGCUUGUUAGCCAGCAGUUUGAGCGAUGGCCCGAAUCAGAUUUCAGACAUCGCAAAUGGGUUUGUUUGUCUGAAGCGAUCGAGUUGUGUCAGAAUUGGUGGAUGAGAGAAGCUUUGGAAGCUUUCAUUAGCCGGAAAUGCCAAAGAUAAUGCUGCCAUCUUCAUUUUGUGUAGAAAUGAUUGGUGAAGCAGAGGUUUAAUUAGAUAAGUUGAUGCAAACAACAAAGACUUUUGGAUUGUCUAAACCUUUAUGGGGAAUUCCUCAGCUUCAGGGGAUGUGGAAAGUUUUAGUCUUUGUGAUUUGAUUCAUUCAUUUGUUAAUAAUAAUUUAGGUAGACUCAUUCAAAAUCACUAAUUAUUUGAAUGUUUGGCUAAUCUGUAAUUGUGUAUAUAUAAUGGAUCUACCUUCUGCA